UCCCCUCCAGGGAGACAAACAGAUGAUACCGCCAAUAGAAACGCGAAUUUUCACGACCAGGCACCGCCUUUACGCGACGGAUAUUGGUUUGAGCCAAUCAGCAACUGAAGUUCCGCGCCUCCUCUCCGUAGACGGAUUUCCGAACGUAGCGAAAUAGCCGAGAGUUUGUUUACGUCCUGUUGGUUAGCUGACAGCUGUUGUAGCGCUUUCCUCACAGAAACACUCGUGUCUGCAUGUCUUUGUUAGUUUUCCGGAACUUCGUCAACUUUUAGCCAAGUGUCGUGAAUGUCUGAGAUGGGAUGCUUUAUUGAAUGAGGGGCUGCUGCUAGAUGCCGACAGGAGGAUGAACUCCAUCACCGGUCGGGUUCUUGCUAUCCCCGCCGCCUCUGUCACCAACUCUGGAGCUUCAGCCUCUCGAGCCCUACAUGUGGAGCUCACAUCCCAGCAGAGACGGUUGCGUCAUCUUCGGAGCAUCGCAGCCAGAAACAUUGUCAACAGGAAUGGCUCUCCACUGCUGGACACGUACUUCACCCUCCACCUUUGUAUAGGAGACCGCAUUUCUAGAGAUUUUUACAAGAGUGAAGUCAUACGAGACUCACUGAAUCCAACUUGGCGGAGCCUGGACUUUGGCAUGCUCCCAGACCUUCUGGACACCUCAGUGUCUUGCUUUGUGGUGAGAAUCUGGGGAGGGCAGAAGGAACAGUACCAGCUCCUCAUCGAAUGGAAGGUUAAUUUGGACGGCCUCAGAUACACGGGGCAGCAGAUUCGAUCCAGAAAUCCAAAUGAGAUCAUAUUUGGAUUGAAUGAUGGCUAUUAUGCAGCUGACUUUGAUCAGAAGGAUCAGUCGGAGCGUAAGAAAAACAGCCUGCUUCAGGUUGACCAGAGUUCAGUCAGGAACUCGUACAGCGUUUUUUCUCUGCUCAG